AUGCUAAAGCUUUUGAGUUUGGGUCAGAACAAAUUCGCAGGUGGAAUUCCAGCGGAGAUUGGUAAUCUCCAGAAUUUGGAGUGUUUAGAUAUUGAAGGAUGUGCCCUUUCUGGUACAAUACCGAAAGAAAUUGGCAAUCUUCAGAAAUUGAAUAUGUUAAACUUUGCUGUUAACACCUUGAGUGGUCAAGUUCCAGUGACCAUCUACAACAUCUCAACUAUGACAUUCAUUAGAUUGACUGACAAUAAGCUUUCAGGAAGUCUUCCACAUAGUAUAGGCCAUCUGCUGCCUAAUUUAGAAACAUUAAAUGUGGCGCAUAAUUACCUAACUGGGGUGAUUCCUGAUUCUAUCUCAAACAUGACUAAGCUAGUUAUUUUGGAACUCAGCAUGAACCGUUUCACUGGUUCAAUUCCUAGAUCACUCGGCAGUUUGAAUCUCCUUGAGACUCUUGAUGUUGCAGGCUACUGUUUAGCCACAGAUUCCCCCAAAGAGUUGAGCAUUAUUUCGUCUUUGGCGAAUUGUAAAAGUUUAAGAGUUCUGAUAUUGGACGGAGUUUCUGUAAAAGGUACCAUUCCCCCUACCAUAGCCAAUUUGUCCAAUUCUCUUGAAGUAUUCCUCGUUAAUACUUGUGAACUAGAGGGUAGCAUUCCACCUGAAAUUGCUAAUUUAAGUAGGCUGACAGGAAUGGAUCUUAGCAGCAAUCACUUCACGGGGCAACUUCCAUUGGCAUUCCAAGGGUUAUCGAACAUCCAAGCAUUAGAACUUCAAAAUAAUAGGAUUUCAGGGGCCAUCUCACCCAAUUUUUGCAAUCUCAGGAGUUUAACUCUAUUAGACCUGAGUCAAAAUAAAUUCUCAGGUCAACUUCCAGAAUGCUUGGGAAAUAUGUCUUCUCUGGGAAAGCUUAAUCUAUCCUCCAACGGAUUAAAUUCCACCAUGCCUGCCAGCGUAGGGAGCUUAAAAGAUCUGCUGAACCUAGAUGUACAUUCCAAUGCUUUUGGUGGUUUCAUACCUCAAGAAAUUGGAAAUUUGUUGGCCGCAAUAUCCAUAGACUUGUCAUGGAAUAAGUUUUCAGGAAAUAUCCCAACAACUGUUGGAAAUCUGCAGAACUUGAUUAACUUCUCAUUGGCACAUAAUGAGAUACAAGGAUCUAUUCCUGAGAUAGUAAGAAAGAUGGUGAACUUGGAAUCAUUGGAUCUAUCUCAAAAUAAUCUCACUGGAGAGAUUCCUGCAUCAUUGGUAUCACUCUUGCAGUUGCAGCAUUUUAAUGUGUCAUUCAACCACCUGCACGGAAAAAUCCCAGAAAAUGGUUCUUUCCUCAAUUUCACAAUUGAAUCAUUCAUGUCCAAUGAAGGAUUUUGCGGUGGUCCUGCGCACUUGAGACUCCUUCCUUGCCCAAACAAUUCUCCUCAAGCAUCCAGGACGAAAAGGUUCCCCAGAUUUGCAUACAUCUUGUUACCAACUGCAUUGACAGUUUUUGCAGUAAUUAUCUUCGAGUUAGUGCUCAUCAUGGCACAGCAUAGAAGCAGAAAUCGUGCUCAAACAAAUCCACUCCCUCCAACCACACAUGAAAGGAUUUCAUACUAUGACCUUGUACAUGCAACUAAUGAUUUUGGUGAAAGCAACUUGAUUGCAAGUGGGAGCUAUGGUUCAGUUUACAAGGGGGUGCUUAGGGAUGGGAGUAUUCUGGCAAUAAAAGUUUUCAAUUUGCAAGUAGAAGGAGCAUUCAAAAGCUUCGAUGCAGAAUGUGAAGUCCUGCGGAAUAUUCGCCAUCGAAAUCUGGUAAAAGUCAUCAGCAGUUGCUCUAACCAUGAUUUUAGAGCUUUAGUCUUGGAGUACAUGCCCAAUGGAAGCCUUGAAAGGUGGUUGUAUUCUCACAACUAUUUCUUGGAUUUCCUGCAAAGGCUGAACAUAGUUAUAGAUGUAGCAACUGCACUGGAUUAUCUCCACCAUGGCUAUUCAUCACCUAUUGUCCACUGUGAUCUAAAGCCCAGCAAUGUUCUUCUGGAUCAAGACAUGAUAGGUCACGUGGGUGACUUUGGAAUUGCAAAGUUACUUAGUGGAGGUGAAAGUAUGGCAAUAACAAAUACUCUUGCAACAAUUGGCUAUAUAGCACCAGAGUAUGGAUCUGAGGGUAAGGUGUCGAGAAGUUGUGAUGUCUAUAGCUUUGGCAUUCUGUUGAUGGAAACAUUUUCAAGGAAGAAGCCGACUGAUGAAAUGUUCAGAGAAGAUUGUGGAUUGAAAGACUGGUCAUUCAAUCACUUAGGAGGGGAAAUUCCAGAGGAUGGUUCUUCAAUAAAUUUGAGGAAUGAUUCGUUUGUGCCACAUGAAGCACGUCUUAGCGGUGCUGCUAAUUUGCAAUUCCCUACUUGCAUAUUGGCUUCAAUGAAGGCAACUUGCUUAAAACUGGGAGCUGUGGCUCAGCUUAGAAAUGCACUAUUUCCCAAUGAUGUGACUGUCUUGGUGAUUACAGGCUUUGAAUUUGCAGCCAGAAGUAGCCUUCAAAACUGGGGCUGA